AUGAAUAGUUUGUGUACGCUAAUGGGAGAACGAUAUACGAGACGGAUGACAAGGAACUGGGUGCCGAGGGGAUGGCUCAGCUCCGUAACGCUGAUCAGUUUGUUUCACACAGAAUCUCACACUUCUUUUGUGGUGCGGGCAAUAAUGAAGAUGAAGGGAGCAGCCAUGCGACGGUGGCUGAUGUCCUUUUGUACAACCGCACACUGUAUCGUUAUGAUCUCAGAAAACUCAACGCCGGGACAGUUCCUAUUCGACAUCUGGCUGCCGAAGAACUGCACACUGCGGUGGAGGUCACGGGGACGGAGGAAGAAAAAGCAGAAGGUCAGACAGCUGGACGUCGCACAGCUGGCAGCUGCAACACGGGAGGCCACAACGCAGGAAGACACACAGCCGGCAGCUACACCGCGGACGGCCACACAGCUGACGACUUCCCUGGCGGACGUUGAAGAGUCUCCAAUUGCUCAGCCGACUGACUCUCGUUCUUUCCGUGUUCUUGCGGGCAGUGAAUCGAGUGCUGAGAAUGUUACGGACGAAUAG